AUGUCAGCGGAUUGUUACGUAGGAGCGGCUACAGGUGCUUUUAAAUGUAAGUUUUUUUUCUUUGGAACUGUUAAGCAGGCGAUUAUUAGGUAUAUUCAAUCACUAUGGUUUCUGUCAAAAAGAUACAGAAUUUUGAGCAGUUUCAUAAACAAGGCUUAUAGAUUUUAGUAAUUUAGUACAAAAGGUAGUAUUUUUUAAUUUAAAUUGUUAUAGUGAUCAACCUGAAGGAGAACAGGUGCACGAAUGUUCAGAAUCUGGAAAAGUUGAGGCCGAAAGAGCAUUCGAUUGUUGGGAUGUGUUUUGGUGAUGAUUCUCAAGUAAGUUACUAUCAUUUUCACAUAUUUUUAUUUUAAAUACUUUUGUAAUCAUAAAAUCUAGAUUAAUGUGACUUAUACUGUAGUUUUAUUUUUUUUAUGUACCUUUUUGUUUGAAUACUGUAUUUUUUGAAUUUAGAGUGAAAUCUUGGCUUUGCAAAAGAAUGGAGAUGUAAACUUGUACAAUACUGUAACCGGUGGUCAUACACGGUUAUUUGAAACCGGCACUGAUUUUGAGAAAGAACCCGCCAAGGCUAUACAAAUGGCUGCUAAGUAAGUUGGUUUUGAUUUAUUUUAGACUGGGUAUGUUAUAUGUUUUAUAAGGUAAUACCUCGUUAAAUCAGUACAAUAUUUUUGUUUGUAAGUCUUACAAAUUAAGUCACAGUUUAAUGUAAAAUACAUUUUUAAUAAAAAUAUUUUGUAAAAUGUACUCUUUUCAGUCAGAGGAUAGUGAUAGCGAAAGAGAACGGUAAUAUCCAGCUAUACAAUCAAGAUGGCACACCACAAACUGAAAAUGGCAUUGAAGCUGGCGUUAACCUGAACUUCUUAACGGUCGAUCCAAAGGACAGAGGACGAGCGAUAACUGGCGGAAAGGAGAAUAUACUAAAGCUGUGGGAUCUGGAGAAGGGAACGACUACUUGGUCUAUGAAAAAUGUAGGUACAACUUUUGUUUUACAAUUUUUUGUUUUGUAAAAUAGGUUGGAUGAGGAUUUACUUUUUUACGUAAGACACAUAGGUAUAAACAUGACACUAAUUAUUAUGUGAUCAUAAACGUUUGGUUUUAGUUGAAAGACGACCGAUUGAGUCUACGGGUACCUAUUUGGGAAGCAAAUGGAAAGUUUGUCAAAGAUCCCAGUUUAAUAUGCACAACUACAGGUCAUCAUCAGGUAAAGAAGUACUAUAAAAUGCCAAUAUAAAUUGGUAUAUUUGCUUAUCAUACGUUUUGGAAAAGUUUUUUUGCAUGAUAUUACCAUGGAGUAUAUUUUGCUUAUUUAAAAAAAAGCCGAGUUUCAUAAAAUUUAUUUUUAGAUACGUUUGUACGACCCAAAAACGCAGCGAAAGCCAAUUAUGAUGUUGGACUGGCAAGAAGAACCUAUCAGAGCUUUGGCCACAUGCCAUCGACCACAACAUGUCGUUGCUGGUAAUAGUCAUGGAGAGUUGGCAUUGUUCGAUUUGAGAGGAAAAAGUAGGUCAUAUUACUAAGUUUUGUUACUAAUUACUAAAUUUUGUUUAUAAUAUAAUUAACUUUUGGUACUGUAACAUAAUGGCACUGUUUCAGUGAAACCAGUCCACAAAUUCCGUGGAGGCGCGGGCGCAGUUCGCUGCAUUGACGCUCAUCCGACUGAAAAACUGGUCGCAUCUGUUGGAAUCGACAGGUUCAUUUUGGUACAUGAUGUUGACACAAAGAGGACAUUGAACAAGAUCUAUUUGAAGGCUCAACUGAACACAGUCCUCAUGGCCAAGAUGAAUCAGCUGACAAAUCCAAUUAAAGAAGAACCUGAUGCCGUGACAAAGUUCUUUGAAGGCUAA